CGCGCCGCCGCCUCCCUGCCCUCAGACAAGCGGGGCGGCGGCGCGGGACAGCGGCUGCCCGCCGGGACCGGGGAGCCGGCAUUGUCCCUGGACGGAGGGAAGGAAGGGGGAGCCGCGGAGGGGACGGAAGGAGAGGGAAUGUUUUGUUUGUUCUCAAAUGCUGGAUAUGCUGGGUCAAUGAACUGUUAAUCCAGGAAGCAGAGCUGAGAGGAAAAACUGAGAAGACAUUAUGAUGGCAAGCAGGAAUGCAACACUUUCCCAGAAGUCUCUCAUCUAGGGAAACAUGCAAGAAAGCAACCUUUGUGACUCUUUAAACCACUGACUGUAACCUGGUCCAGGUUUGUCAGUGCCUGCUGAAAAAGACUUCUAGAACUUUAAAGCAGGCUACAAGACUGUCCUCAGCAGGAUCCAAGAUCUUCCCAGACACUUUACCAGCCCUACACACAGAACAAGAUGAUUGAUCUAAGCUUCCUAACAGAGGAGGAACAAGAGGCAAUAAUGAAGGUGCUGCAACGGGAUGCAGAGCUUAAAAGAACUGAAGAAGAGAGAGUCAGGCAUUUACCAGAAAAAGUCAAAGACCAUGUUCAGCUAAAGAAUAUGAGUGGGCAGUGGUUUUAUGAGGCCAAGUCAAAGAGGCACAGGGAUAAGAUCCAUGGAGCAGACAUUAUCAGAGCUUCCAUGCGCAGGAAACCUGCCACCAUUGCUGAAGUGGGUCAGAACAAAACAAGCAAAGCAAAGAUCAGCUGGGUGAACAAUGUUAAUAAAGAAGGCUUCGUGCCACCAGAUCUACAUGGCAUUGUGGAACAUCAAGAAGAAGAGCAACAGAAAGCUAGUUUGAGUUCUAAAGAAGCAAGCCCUGUGUUAAACAAACCAGAGGAAAGACCUGUGAAGGCAGCAGUCUCAUCAGUAAGGCAAAGGAGAAAUCCAUUUAAUUCCACUACAUCAGAUGAUAACUUGAACAAUGGGGAAUCAGAAGACAGACCAGCCAUUGUACCUCAGCUAUCAAAGAAGGAAAUUUGGUCAGUCUCAGAAGACAGCCCACCUAAAUCAAACUUACAAAAUGAUGAAUCAGAUAAACCUGAGAAGUUUUUUGUAGAACUUACUGAUCCAUCACAGAAGGAACUAGUUAAUCGUCCUGUCCCAAAAGCUAGGAAACUAAUUCACAAAGCAGCAGAUUCUGUAUCACAAAGAGAAGACCUUGCUCUCAAACCAGCCAAGCAGACUGAGAGGAUUAAUGGCAUUGGUACCCCACCCAGGGGCAUUCUGAAACGCAGCUCAAGCUCAAGUUCCACUGACUCAGAAGUUCGGGUCAGUCAGAUGUUAGAUGUUCAGAAAAAGAAUGAUCUUUCUACCACAACUAUUCUUGAAGGAGAAGGUGAGAAGAACUCUGUUGGGGAAGAAGCAGAAGAUUCCACACAAAACUCACUGGAAAAACUGAAACAAGUGAGGUUUUCAUCUAGCUCAGGUAAAGGAAAACCUCUGCAAAGCCCACAGCCAUGCCAUGUUAAAGAAAAAGGAGACCAUGAUAUCUUAAAACCUGACAAAAAAAAGAAUAGUGGAAAUUAUGCUGUUCAAUCAGAUUCACUUGGUGAUAGGCAAAUUCCUGCUGCAAAGCCUUUGGGAACCUAUUUAUCAACUUUACAAAUGAAAACAAUAGAUGGCUUACAAGAAGACACAUCUGCAUCCAGCCCUCGUGACAGUAACAGAUCAGUCUUCCCAGUUAGUGAAAGCUUCCAGACAAAUACAGUUACUCCCAAGAAACUUGAAACCCCACAGAAGACCUCCAGCAAUAUCCUGUCAAACAGCAAUAAUGAACAGAGUGUUAAUGAGACACGUGAAAAAAAAUCCAACCAGAUCCUGAGCCAUGAAUCAGAGUCACACAAAAACUUUACUGAUAGACAUCAACUCUUGGCUGAAACAGAAGCACGUGAGGUGUCUAAUACUAAUUCUACAAGUCUUCAACAAGGUAAGCCUGAUCUUGUUGAGGAGAGAGAUGCUAAAACCAUUUUCAAGCCUGGAAAACAUGCUGAUGAACUUGUGAAAGUGGACGAUGAAUCUGUAUCAAAAGUUUUAGACUGGUUUAAAAGAAGUUCUAGUACUGAAGAUGAGGAACUAUCAAUGAAGUCCCAAGGCAGGGAGCCCAGAGAGGAAGUGGACGUGUCAAUCAAAAGAGUUCUUCCUACAGAACACAGUGGGCCUGGCAUGCAUGGAACAACAAAAGAUACAGAAGAGAGACCAUUUGGAAAGAUUAAACAACAGAGCAGUAUUUCACCUACAUCCUUUACUUCAAAAAACAUACAGCUGAUAAAUGAGAGGGUGAAGCCUAAGACAGAGGAAGCAAAUAAGAAGCAAAAUGAUAAAUUGCUAACUGAAUUUGGUUGUACAAGAGUUGAAGAAAAAGAACAUGGUCAAGAAAUCAAACAACAAAAUCAGAAAUCAAAUCUCUUGGAACAUCAAGGGCACAAGCUACCGGCUCAGAAAUGUGAAUCAGAGAAGGCAAUACAAGAAAAAAGAAGAAUAAGGGAGAUCAGAGCAUUCUGGGAAAGGGAUAAAACUAUACCCAGUCACAGAGAGAAAGGAGUUAGUAUCAAUACUGAUGCAUCAGGUGGCCAUGCAUUGACAGGUCUCAGAGAAAGUGACAAACUGAAACAAUCUGCAGCGUAUCUACCUAAGGCAUUGCAUGAUCAGUGCAAGAACACAUUAAGAAGUCCUGAAGUAAGUUGUGCAAGCCAGGCUUCAAGAAACAAAAGUCACCACUCCUUUGAAUCUGGACCAGGCCAUACAUUUGGAAAGGCAGAAGGGACACUUCAGUUUGAUGAAGUUUGUGAAUGUACAGAACUCCCAAAAGCCAGUAACUUGCAUCCCAGAACUGGUGUCACUUCAGUUUCAUCAAAAAACAAAGACAAAGAUGAGAAGGAGACUCUUAAAGGAAAAGUUGCUGCUUCUUCCCAACAGAAGCCAAACUUCCAGGUUUUGUCUUUAAAAGAAAAGAUGAAUGAGAAGUCCAAGAAUCAAAUUUCAGAUCCUUCACACUUCCAGAGUCUGAGAAACUUCUGGGAUACUGGAGUUAAAUUCCAGAGUAGCAUUGACAGGGAAGAUGAUUCUUUGCCAAAUAAUACUAGAUCAAUAAUCUAUGAAAGAAAAUCAAAGGAAGAUAAAAAAGGCAGAGAUAAUGUGAGCAAACAAGAGUUAAUUAAACAACAAACCCAAACACCUGAGAGAGAAAAAACACAGAAACUAGAUUCUGUAGUAUGCAAAAAAUCUCUAGGAUCUCCUGUCCUAAGAGGUCUGAAUGUGACACACACAAAAAAUACAGACUCUCUCCAGCCGGACAGACAGCCAGUUAUCUCAAAAUCACAGGAGAAGAUGGGUCUUCCAGAGCAUGAAGUUAGAGAAUGUACAGAAAAAAGCAUUGUUUCAUCAAAAGAUAAUCAUGUAUCCUUGCAGCUCCAGUUACCUGGUGAUAAAGAUGCUUUAAAGGAGACAGUAGUAGGUGAUAAACUAUAUUUACCUAUAGAAAAAGGGGAAAACAAGACUACUCCUUUGGAUAAAGAGGAAGUUGCAGAGACUGUGGAUAAAGUUGUUCUACCUAAAGGUGAGCUUGAUAUAUUUAAGUCAUGUCUAAAGAAGCUAGAAAAGGAAGCCUUUGAGAUGUCAUGUAGCUUAAACCUAAAAGAAAGCAUUUUAAAAGGGACGCAUUUUCAGUCAAAUCAGUGCAAGGUCAUUGAGAGAACAGGGCAAGACAGUAAUGUUAUUUCUCCUGUUGAUCAAGGAGAAGAAAUAGGCAAAAGUACAGGACAAGUGAAUGUGUCAUCAACACAUAAGCAUGAGAACAGAAAAAGUCUCAGAAAGCUGUUUAGGGAAUUUGAACCUUUGUAUCUACAAUAUCAGGCAGCAGACAAGGAUGAUACCCUUGAGGGCUCCCCAAGGCCUCAAGCUGGCUUGGAGAACCUUCUCGAAGAAACCCUUGUAUCUCAACCUUCUGAAUACAGAAGGGUGGGAAUGAAAACAUAUGAUGAGUUAAAUAGUAUAUCACAAAAUAACUGCAGUGUAGAAUCAGCACACCAAGAAGCUACUGGUCCACCUGAAGAGGUCCAUGAGACCAUAGAGAAGUCUGUAGCUAGAUCCAAGGUCAAUGGUUUGAGUUCUGCCCUACAGAAGCUGGUGGAGGAGGCUUCUGAAACACCCCCUCCUAAACCCAAACAUGCCGACAGCACAGCAUGGGGGACUGCUGAAUAUCAAGUUAAAAGGACAAUGUGUGAACAUGGUGAAGAGGUGCAGCAGGAAAUCAGUGAGACUGUAGAAAGGUCUGUUGCCCCAUCCAAGGCCAGUGGCUUGAGUUCUGCUUUAGAGAGGCUGCUGAAGGAGGCCCCUGAAGCACCACCUCCUAAACCCAAACGUGCUGACAGCACAGUGCAAAGGACUGCUGCUGUGCAAGUUAAAAGCACAAUUUAUGAGUGUGAUGGGGAGGUGCCGCAGGAAAUCCAUGAGAUUAUAGAAAAGUCUGUUGCCCCAUCUUCAGACAGUGGCUUGAGUUCUGCUUUAGAGAAGCUGCUGAAUGAGGCCUCUGAAACACCCCUUCCUAAGCCAAAACAUGCUGACAGCACAGUACAGAGAACUCUGAAGGUGGAAGCUAAAAGUAUGACCUAUGAGCAUGGUGGAGAGGUAGCUCAGGAAAUCAGUGAGAAUAUAGAAAAGUCUGUUGCCCCAUCCAAGGCCAGUAGCUUGAGUUCUGCUUUAGAGAGGAUGCUGAAGGAGGCCUCUGAAACACGUUCCCCUAAACCCAAAUGUGCUGACAGCACAGUACAGGGGACUGCUGUGGUGAAAGCUAUGAGCACAGCCUAUGAGCAUGAUGGACAGCUGCUGCAGGGAAUUGGUGAGACCACAGAAAGAUCUGCACUGUCCAGCACUGAAUAUACAGGGUCUGAUGUUAAUUUUCAGAAUCAACCAAAAGAGGUUUCUGAAACACCAGCUUCUGUGCUGGAAAAUAUAGAUAAGAAAAUGCAUGAUAAAAUACAGACUAGUGUAGGUAUACAUGUUCCACAUCAACAAGACAGAGAUCACCCUCAAGAAAUACAAGAAACAGUAGAAAAAAACUCUGUUUCAAAUAUUGCAAAAUUUGGUGAAUUCAGUCGCUCUUUAGAAAAACUUCUUCAGGAAGCAUCUGCAGUUUCAUGUCCAAUAUCCAGAGACUUACAUCAGCAAGAAGAAGUUGAGGAUUGUACAUUUCCCUCAGAGAAAGAGACUCUAUUCAUGACAAGGUCACAGCCAUACAAUGCCCUAAGUAGCUAUGAUACACAAAUGAAGAUAGUUCUCAAAGUGGGAGCUCCAGAAAAGACCGUCAAAGCCUCAGUUAAUGAUCUUGCAGUAAGUGAAAUUGAAGCUUCUGGUCUUAAAAGAGAUGGAGCUAUUAACAAAAUAGGAGAGAGAAACAUGGUUUCAUUUGAUCUUUGUUCCUUGGAAGGCAAGACAAAUAUGGUCGCAAUCAAACCAUUUGAGAUAAAUGAAAAAGGGAUGAUUGAAAGCACGUUCUUGGAGGCUUCUGAACAGAAUUCAGAAUUUCAAGCACUGAUGAAUUUCAGAAGAACAAGUACAGCACUUAAAGAUGAGAUUAACUACCCCCAGCCAGAAGAAUCUCAGCAUGAGAAUAACAAUGCUUAAUGUCUCAGCAUGAGAAUAACAAUGAAGAGGAAGGCAGCAACAUAAAUUUGGGAUUCAAGUUUUCAGAUGAAAACUCUGAUUCUCACUCUGGAACUCUGAAUAGAAGUUCAACUCAUGAGCUAUCUGAUUUCUAAAAUUCAUGGUGCUGAGUUAAACAUAGCUGCAAUAAUUAUUUUUUUUUUUAUCCAGUUUGAAAUAUAUUAGUGGAAAGUCUGUGUGAUACUUUCUUAAUUGAGAGAUUUGGAUAUUUUCUUGGGAGGGGUGGGAAGAAUUAAUUGUUUGAUUGGAAAGUAUUUAACAGACACAUACUACAUUUGGUUAAGCCUUUUUUGUUAAGGAUAAUUUAGCAGCAUGAAUCAAUUCAGUCUUUUUGAUUUACAUUUUUCUUAUCCCAUGUGACGUUGCCUUCAAAUUAAUAAAUUUGUAACACUCAAUCUAGUAAUCCCUUCAAAUAUACUGGAUUAAA